UUCUUCAUAUUCUCUUUUCUCUAUUUAAUAAAGAAUAAUUUAAUUCCUGCGAGUUGCGGAGCAGAAUCAUGGCGAAGAUUCCGAUACUGAAUUCUGGUGUCGGACUCUGUUUUUUACUCUUUUUUUCUUCUCUUCUGGUUCACUGUUCUUCCUCCGAUGAGGAAAUUGGUUUUAAUGCCUUCAAGGUUUCGAGCUUCCACUACUCAGAAAUCAAACUCGAUCCCUAUGACUGGCGUUAUAUAAGAGUUGAUCUGCCGCCUUGUUUCUCUUCAAUGUCUGUCACACUGAAGACAGAUGUAGAUAUUGAUAAACGUACCAUAAAAAGGCUACCUAGGAAUACUUUACCUUUAAUAUGUUUCCGAGGCCGCAGUCUCCCUCUUCCAGAUAUUUCUGACUCCUCCUUCACAGCUUUGGAUACUUUCUCCAAUAUAUCUACUGGAGGCAUGCGAAUACAUCCAAGCGAGGAGCAGUGCCAUCUUUUGGAGAAAAAUAUAACAGUGACAUUGACAAAUGAGCAGAUUUCUCCAGGAGUCUGGUAUUUUGGCCUUUUUAAUGGCAAUGGACCUGUGAGAACACAAUCAAAAAUGAUUUCUCGAGGCUCAUCAUUCUCCUUCAGUGGCAACAUAAGUGUGGAAGGAUGCACAACCUUGACAAUGUUAGGCCCAUAUUGCAACCAGACAGUUGAUCUACUAUCUUGCGCAAGAUCUGAUGUCUAUGGGGGUCCAAAAAAUCUUUCAGUAUCUGACAUAUACAACAAGACAGUGAAAAAUGUCAUUGAUUGCAGAAAUUCAUAUGAAGAUAAAUGCCAUGGAAAUGGUGAGCGAAAGAUAUACUCUUUGGAGAUACUAGGGACAGCAGUGCAGUUGACAAUUAUGGCUACAGGUGUCAGAUUCAAUCAAACACCUUCUGCAAUUGGCACACAGGAUUAUAGUGAAAUUAUUCUUAUGUGUUAUGCUCGGCAUGGUUCGAUUCCACUGACUACCUUGCAUGAUUAUUCCGGUGAUAUAAGUAAAAAACCUUUGGUUAUUGAUUUUCCAAAGGAAGGUAACUGGUACUUUACUAUUCAACCUAUCAAUCAGUCAGACGUCCAUGGGAGGAUGGUAGAACAGAAUAUCAACAGUAAUGUUUGCUAUUCUUUGGAGUGGCAAGCAAUUGAAUGUCCUGUGGGAAAGAGUGGACCAAACUGUACAUGGCAAAGCUAUAUGCUCCAGACAGUUCUUAGGAAAAACCCGUCUGGUCCUUUUGAAUCUUAUUAUUUGCCAAUGGAUGAAAAGAUCUCCUUACAGUCGGGAUUUGAUUUUCCUCUGGAGCCCCUUUUAAGCAACAUCUCUAUUGGGGACAAAUUAGAUUUUGCCUGGACUUAUUUUAUUCUGGACAUUCCCCGUGGCGCGGCUGGAGGAAAUAUACAUAUCCAACUAGAUUCAGAUGCAAAACUGGACUAUGAAAUAUAUGCCAGGUUUGGAGGAUUACCAUCUCUUGAUACCUGGGAUUAUUACUAUUCAAACAAGACGAGCUAUAGCAAUGGAUCCAUGUUUUUCAAAUUGUAUGAUUCAAGUGAUGAAGAAUCCAAUUUUUAUAUCCUAUAUGCUGGAGAAGGAACUUGGAGUUUUGGGUUAAAGCAUCCAGUUCAUAUAAGCAGUUCUUCUCAAACGACUAUGUCUAUUUCUGUUGAGAGUUGCCCACAAGGAUGCUCCUCUCAGGGAAAGUGUCGCUCUGUUGUGGAGGCCAGUGGAUUGACCUUGUACAGCUAUUGUUCUUGUGAUCGGAGACACGGAGGCUUUGAUUGCAGUGUUGAAAUAGUUACACAUAAAGGGCAUAUAUGGCAGUCCAUUGCUCUUAUUGCAUCAAAUGCAGCAGCCAUACUACCUGCAUUAUGGGCACUUCGUCAAAAGGCAUUUGCAGAGUGGGUUCUCUUUACUUCUAGCGGAAUAUCAAGUGGAUUAUAUCAUGCAUGCGAUGUAGGCACCUGGUGUAUUCUUUCCUUCCAUGUUCUACAGUUUAUGGACUUCUGGCUUUCUUUCAUGGCUGUUGUGAGCACUUUUGUGUACCUUGCUGCCAUUGAUGAAGUCUCCAAGAGGACAAUUCAUACAUGUGUGACAAUUCUUACAGCUCUCAUGGCUGAAACUGGUGCAACCAGGUCUGCCAAUAUAAUUAUUGUCAUAUCUAUAGGAGCUCUGGGCCUUGUCACUGGAUGGCUGAUAGAGUUCUCUACACAAUAUAGAUCAAUAUCUUGGUCAGCAGAAUUAUGUCUUAAUAUUCCUGAAAGAUGGCAAAAUAUUAGAGGAUGGAUGAGCUAUUUCUUCGGGACGUUGCGCAAACGUUUUCGCUGGGCUUUUGUUCUCAUGGGUUUUGUUGCAUUGUCCAUGGCUGCAAUUAGCUGGAAACUUGAAAAUAGUGAAAGUUACUGGAUUUGGCACAGUGUCUGGCACGUCACCAUUUACACAUCUUCCUUCUUUUUCCUAUGCUCAAAAGUGACUAUUAUAAAUGAUGAAAGCCAUGGGCCUGUGGACGGAGAAUAUGAGUUAACUUGGCAGGAUUCAUUCCCAAGAAGGGAAUAACAGAGUAAGUGAGAUGAUUCAGAAGUCCCUAGAGGGGUAACAAUUUUGGUCAUUACAUAGUAGGAGUAGUUCAGCUUCAGAACCCAGAAGUAGAUUCUGACCGCAUCAACCUAAGAUAAUUAUUAAUAUCUAUAUAUAUUGUACAGCUUAGUUCUUUCUCCCUAAUAAACUGUUCAAGAUAUAGCUUUUGAUAAAGAUGAGCAGUUCAUCCCCCUGUCCAUAAAUAUAUAUAGUAUUGAUUAUUUAUAGCAGGGGAAUGGAUUGUGUAAAUGUAAUGAGAAACUUGGUAACGGUGAAGGAUUUUUUUCAUCAAAGUAAAUAUUUCUCGAGUAGUUUGUCAAGUUGUUCUGUAAUAUAUAUAGUUAAUUAUUUUCUUGAGGGAUUAUAUCUUU